AUGAACGAGCAGCCCGCCCCUCCUACUGGCCCCAGCGGUGGCAGACGUGACCGCAGUACCGCCCACCGCCGUCGGAAGGAAACCUGGCGUUCCAGGCGUCGUCAACAUGCUGCCCAAGCAGCCGCAGCCGCCGCUCACGAUGCCCGCGUUGCCGAGCUGAUGGUGCGGGCAAUUCAACAGCAGGUAGAUCAAGAGGGUCUUCAACCAUCUGCUGCUCGUGACGCCCGUGUUGCUGAGCUCACUGUGCGCGCAAUCCAAGCGCAAUUGGAGCAGGAGUUUAGUACACGUGGUGGUUCAGCCCGUGGGGGUCGGUCCCGGGGCCGGGGCCGAGGCCGAGGCCGCCAUGUUCGUGGUGGUGGCGGCAGUGGCCGUGAUGCUGAUCGUGAAGGUGGUCGCAGUGGCUAUGACCGUAUGGGCGGUCACGGUCCUGUCCAUGGCGCCGGAGUGGGUGACGCCGGCCAGCAAAACCCUCCCGGUAACCAACUCCCCACCCACCAACUACCCGGCCACCAAGUCGUCCGCGAGCCCGCCCCAGGCGAUGGACCCCGGUUGUGGACAAGAUUCCACACUCUGGAGGAGAUGGCGGAAAAUCAGGAGCUUGAUGAGGAGGUCUAUGACUCCGCCGAGGAUGAAGAUUUUGAGCUAGACGCGGCACCGGACGAUUCCGACUUAUCUUCCGAUCCCGACGAGGCUACAGAACCCGCAAAGAAGAAGCGAAAGACAGAUACCCAAUCUCAAAUCCCCAAGGAUGCAGAACUCGACUCUGGAGAUGAGGCCACAAUCAGAAAAGCAAGGGAGAAGAAAGAGAAGAAGACCAAGGGAAGGAAGACCAAGGGCAAACGCGCGCGCGAUAGCGACGAUGACGAUGGCGACAUUGACAUGGACGACGAUGAAGGAGGAACAGGGGGAUUCGUACGAACGCGCGCAAUGAAACAACAAAUACAAGAAGAACAGCGCAAACCGCUAGCCAGGAUCGACGGUGCGACCGUGGACGUGGACGCCCUAUGGGAGCAGAUGAAUGCCCCCCAAGGCCUUACCAGCUUGCAGCCACCCCAGACCCAGCAGAUACCCGAAUCGGCCCCCGAACCCGAACCAACGAAAGCACAGGACCAGGGUGCGAGAGAUGUGGAACACAAAACAGGCCAUGCCGCGCACGCCGAUCAAAUGAUCAAGAUCAAGCGCACCUACAAGUUUGCCGGAGAAUGGAUCACCGAGGAGAAGGUCGUGCCCAAACACUCGGCGGAGGCUAAAGCGUUUUUGUCGAGUGGGGAGAAUGUUGAAUACGCCGAUGAGGAUGCAGCAGCCGCAAACGCUGCUCGUAACCUUCGGCGACCGCUUCGCAAGAUCUCGCGAUUCGACCCCAACCCGACCGGCACAAUAAAGAAGAGCUGGGAGAAACAACUCGUUACGGAUGACAAGGACGCGCGCGGACCCAAAAUCAACACUGUGGAGAAGUCAAGACUCGACUGGGCCUCAUACGUCGAUUCAGCGGGUAUCAAAGACGAACUGCGCACGCAUAGCAAAGCUAAGGAGGGUUACAUCGGUCGCAUGGAUUUCUUGGGUCGUAUGGAAGACAAGAGGGAAGACGAACGGCGGGCUGCACGGCUCAAGGGUGUAUGA